CAGAUUUUUGUUCCAAUGACGACUCUCGUCUACAUCUUCAUUCUCUUCUCGCUCGCAGGCAACGUUUUCUCUCAGCAGGACUUGGGACACUCUGUCGCGUUCAUCGGUGAUAAAUGCGGGAGAGACGUCGAUUGUAUUGAGAAUGCAUUUUGUCGAUGGCAAGAAACUUGCCAGUGCGAUCCCUUUUACUCACCGAGUCACGAUAAAUCAAAAUGUACUGCCACUGUAGGACUGAGUUGUGUGGAUAAUACACAGUGUCAAAGCAUAGCAAACGGCGAAUGUAAACAGAAUACGUGCACAUGCAAAGAUGACUUUUUCUUGGAUAACAAUAAUUCUUCAAACUGCAUUAGUCGACCUUCAAAAAUCGGCGAUCGUUGCCAUGUAAACACGAAUGAUAACUUGUGCCAGGAAAGUUUCAAUUUUGCAUUAUGCAUUAACGAGAAGUGUGAGUGUUUCACGGGACAUCAUUUUGUAAAUGAAACAAGGACCUGCAUACAGAGUCGAGCCUUAUAUUUCACUUGUUCACACGACUACGAAUGCUACGAAAGUAACAGGUUUCCGGACACCAUGGAGUGUAAGAAUGGUCAAUGCGAGUGUAAGGAGGGAGAACGAUGUUCCAAAGGUUCGCUAAUGACGGCCGCCGGGACACUUGUGGUAAUCUUACUUUUCCUACAACGAAUCGCACCUGUAGGACUGAGUUGUGUGGAUAAUACACAGUGUCAAAGCAUAGCAAACGGCGAAUGUAAACAGAAUACGUGCACAUGCAAAGAUGACUUUUUCUUGGAUAACAAUAAUUCUUCAAACUGCAUUAGUCGACCUUCAAAAAUCGGCGAUCGUUGCCAUGUAAACACGAAUGAUAACUUGUGCCAGGAAAGUUUCAAUUUUGCAUUAUGCAUUAACGAGAAGUGUGAGUGUUUCACGGGACAUCAUUUUGUAAAUGAAACAAGGACCUGCAUACAGAGUCGAGCCUUAUAUUUCACUUGUUCACACGACUACGAAUGCUACGAAAGUAACAGGUUUCCGGACACCAUGGAGUGUAAGAAUGGUCAAUGCGAGUGUAAGGAGGGAGAACGAUGUUCCAAAGGUUCGCUAAUGACGGCCGCCGGGACACUUGUGGUAAUCUUACUUUUCCUACAACGAAUCGCACGCUAG